CAGGCGUUACUCCUCAGUCUAUCGUGGUUGCCCAGAAAGGCAAUGCCAUGCCGCGAGGACCAAUAUCGCCGCCAUGAGCUCAGGCAAUGCGAUAACAAACAAGGUAGAGGAUAAUUGUGCUCAUGUCUGCAUACAACUAGUGUCGAUAUAUGUGUAUACUGCUGUUAUAGUCGCUCGUGCCGGGUCCUACCACGUACAUGAACCAUCUUAUCAGCUCUACAUACUAGUCUGCCUUGCUAUCGAUAGAAGACAGCGCACAAUGCUGCUCCCUAGUUCUCUUCUGCAGAAGCCUUUGCUGCUGCCAGCAUGCUUACUUUUCUUGGCAACUAUUACUGUUGCUCUGUAUACACUAUUGCGACGAAAGCAGCAAAAGCUGAACUAUACACCACCCGCUUCGCCAACUCCUGAAAAACGAUCAAUAACGAAACAUAAAAGGAUCAACCCGCCACGCCAACCCGGCCAGUGGAUCCCUAGUGAUUUCAAGUUCCCAACCCCGUCUCCAUAUCCAGAAUGGUACCUCGGUUCCACCAAACCGCUGCCGUAUCGCGCAUUCAGAUACGGCCCAAAGUACAACGUUACGAUGGGCCUGCGGUCCAUACCUUACGACGAUUGGAUUCAGCUGGACAACCACUAUCCCAAAUACCACGCAGACAAGGCUGAACGCAUUCGAGAAAGAGGUAGCAAAUGUUUUGCAACCGCACCAGAGGCACACCCAGCGGCCAUGGAGUUCCUGCAGGAACUAAUUGACUAUUUGCCGGCACGUUAUCCCACAAUGUUUAAACGCACAGAGAACGGCAUUGAAAACUUGUGGUCCGGAGAAUUUUUCAACAUCACGGAGCGACCCUUGAAGGAGGAUCCAAUGUGCAUCGCGGGUCGACUGGUUCAAGACGACCUUGCGCUAAUGAUAGAAAGGCCCGACGGCGAAUACUACCUUCUUGCUGGAUGUAUUCUUUUAGCAGGAUUCUGGAGAUUGGAAGACAAGUUUGGCAUGCGAAUGUCGGAUAUCCACACCUCGGGCGAUGUUCCCCAGUUCAAGGAGAAACUUGAAUCUAGCAUGAUGAAGUUCUUUUCCAGGCUGCACUGCGAGGAGCUUUACGCUCGCAACAACUACUUCAUCCAAGUGGAUGACUCGCUUGCGUGGUCUUGGAGUAUUGGCGGCGAAGAUUCUCCUGGGCUGAGCUGGCAAACCGCAGAGAAGAACCGCGCCAUUGAACAUCAUUGGUUCCGAUCUGAACGACAAUCUCUAAGAAGACUUCCAAAGACAGGGGCGAUUGUGUUCACCGUCAGAACGUACUUUCAUCCUAUCACUGAGAUUGCCCAGGAAGACUACGUGCCUGGCCGACUUGCGAGUGCCAUACGCAGCUGGGGAGAUGAUGUUAGUCGGUACAAGGGCAAGGAAAGAUAUGAAGAGGUUUUGUUGGAAUACCUGGAUAAGGAACAUGAGAAGCAAGUCGAAAGAGGGCUGAAUUUGGAUCAUGAGAACGAAACUCAUCAAUACCCUUGGUGAAUGCGAGUUCUUUUAGAAUAUGUCAUUUUAGAAUUCCCAUAGCAGCUUCACCGCUUUUAUAAAUUCAAUUUUUGAUCGG